AUGGAGUCUGGAAUCCUCGUGGCCAUGGCUUUUGAUCGCUAUGUGGCCAUCUGCAAUCCUCUGAGAUAUUCCAUGAUCCUGAAAAACUCUGUUGUGGCCAAGAUAUGCCUGGCCGUGGUACUGCGUAGUGGAAUAAUCACAUUACCCUAUCCCUUUCUGGUGAGGCAGUGGCCAUAUUGCAGAACCAACAAUAUCCCGCACUUCUAUUGUGGGUAUAUAGCUGUGCUGAAGCUGGCCUGCGCUGACAUCCGCAUCAAUAGUUACUAUGGGUUGUUUAAUCUUAUCUCGGUGAGUGGAAUGGACAUGUUUUUUAUCGCCGUGUCCUAUUCUCUGAUCCUCCGGGCCAUCUUCCGCCUCCCUACAAAAGAUGCCCGGCUCAAAACUUUUCGACCCGCCUGGUCCUGGCCCUUUAUGAUGCGUCACUGGAACAAACAGCCCCUCAGGCGAGAUCCAGCCACAGCAGCAGCAGGGAGUGUAGUGUCUCCACGCCCAGUGCGUGUCCAGACCGUCCUCCCCAGCAUGUUUGACGCGGGAGUGGGGAUCAUGCAGAGCUGGUUCUGUGCCUGCUGGGACAGCUCCUGGGUGUUGUACACCUGCGUCCUUCUGCUCCUGGUCAUCUGCGUGGCCAUGGCGACGCAGCACAGCUUCUCCUGGAGAAGCAGGAUGGCUCUUCUGGUCAGCAGGCUCCGGCGGAGGGGGACGGAGGACGAGGGAGAAGGUGCAAAGAAGCAACGGGUGAAACAGCCGCGUGAACGGCUGUGCCGGGACCCCCCACGCCACGCUCGCCGAGCCGCCAGGCGCCGCUCCAUCCGCCAGCUGCUCUGUGACAACUCAGACUGUGCCCUGUGCGACGAGGCGGCCCGGCAAGCCGAGCGGCUGGUAUACACUGAUAGGGUCAGCGCGUGGGUCCCUGCCGGGCCAGGGUCACCUCCUACUCCCGCCUCCUACUCCGCAUGGAUCUACGAGCCCUUCCCUCCAAGCCAAGCGGAACAUGGCUGGGUCGGGAGUUUCCUGAGCAGAGGCAGAGCAAGGAGCCCCCAGGCCGCUCCCCAGAGGCAGGCGCAUCGCCCCGAUUGGGUGCCGUUUCUGGCCAAGUCCCCAGGCGGGACCAGGAUGUCAGGGCGGGAGGCCAAACGGCAGCGAGACCAAGAAAGCACGGCACCCAGGGUUAUGGGGGAAGCUCCGCUGUCUCUGGCUGGGAGACCCCCGGCGCGGGUCAGCCCUGGAGCCCUGCGUGUGCCCGGCAGGCUGGAAUUGGCCGAAGCGGAGACCCCCUUCCUCCAGCGCGACGUCAGGGCCAGUCUCGAGCGGCACGUCCAGGUGAAGAGGCUGCAGCACACCCUGGGGCUGCCCUGCACCCUGCAGAGCGCUUUGAAAAUCUUCAUGCCCCCAGCACCGAAACCCAUCGCACGCAGACCCUCGGGGGCAGGCAGGGUGGUGACGAUGCCACAGGCCCUGCCCUUCCUGAGCGUCGCCUCCAGGACAGAGCUGGAGCGUCAUCUGCAGAGGAUGGUGCAUCUAAAGAGAUGGGGUUUGCCCAGGAGGAUCCAGGAGUCCCUGAGGCUGCUGAUGCCAGCCACACCUCCACACCCCCGGCUCAGCCCCCUGCCGUCUGGGAGAUGGGCUCCAAGGGGGCCAGGCCCAGUGACGAGGGCAGCCCAGACGCCCGGCCUCAGAGCUAGAGCCCCAGCCCAGGCCUCCCAGGGCCCCGCCAGAGCGUCCAAAUCUGCACCCGGCUCGCACUGCUGCAGAGACACCCGGGAGCUGCAGGGGCACAUUGCCAGGAAGGGCUUGGAAAUCAGACUAGGCGCGCUGCCCGCCGUGCUGAGGAGCUCUCAGAAAAUGGCUGCCCUGGGGCGCAGAGACUUGCUCCUGCCUAAACUGAUCCCCCCAGGCUGCAAGGCCCCCCUGGCCCGCCACCGGCUCUGCCCCCUGCUCAGCUGCAAGGCGGGCAGCGUGGAGCUCAACGUGAGGCACAAGCACAUCCAGUACCUCUGGGCUCUCCCCACCCUGUACGCGGAGUCCCUGGCCAAGAUGGUGCCCUGCCCGCCCAUGCCACCCGCCCCCCUGUUCCCCUGGGUGUGGCCAUAG